AUGUAUGAGGGGAGCAGCAGUGGACCCAGGACUGAGGAACAAUUUAAUACCUCUGUGGGAGAAGCAGCACAGCUCUCAGAAGAACCCAAGGAUUCAGACUGUAUAGCCUCAGGCAGUAAUGGAAGAACCGGCAGCAGCAGCAGCAGCGCCGCCCGCAGACUAUCCGUCGAUGCUUCGGAGAAGGGCUCCCUCACGCCCGCUAUGCGUAAGAAAUAUUUAAAAGAGCUUUUUCUGAAUAACAGAUCUGGAUUGUCGAGCAUUUUAUCAUCCAAACACAAAUUGUCAAAAGAAGAGGAGGAGGAGGCACCGAAUGGAGACAUUGUGAACUGCGGCACGCUAUGGGCUUUGGAUCCCAUGGAGCACGCGUGGAUGCUCUCUGUAGUGGAUGGGAAUUAUGAGACCAUAGUGGAAUUUCUCUCUGAAGAUCAGAGUUUAUUGAGCAGAAAAGACUUCAUUAGUGGUUUUACAGCUCUCCACUGGUUGGCCAAAAAUGGAAAGGACGAGACACUGAUUAAGCUUCUCAGGCAUGCUGAAAAAGAGGGGCUGUCAGUGAAUGUGAAUUUGAGAGGCAGUGGAGGUCUGACGCCUCUCCACUUGGCUGCCAUGCAUGACCAGUACAUGGUUAUGAAGAUUUUGGUUGGUGCAUUCAGUGCUAAUGUAGACAUCAUGGACUACAAUGGGAAGAAAGCAUGGCAGUAUCUUAAAGACAACGCACCAAACGAAAUUAAGGAGCUUCUGGGAGCCUGUGAUGAUGAUUACUUCUGGCAUUUGAAUGUGAACAACAGUUCGAGUCAAGCAGUUGAAGAACAUGCUCAAGAAAACAGAGUCGAGGUGGACGGCUCAGGAGGAUUUGCACGCGGGCGGUUCACAUCAUUUAAGAGACUGUUGUACAAUAUUGGCCUGCUUGAAAAGGUCUGAGACUGUAAAGCCAAAAGCAUGUUUGUCAGAUCAUUACUGUUAAACACCAAGUUGAAAUGUUUUUAUUUAUAACAUGAUUUGUAUGAUAAUGAUAACUAUUUAACCUGAAAUGCAUCAUGAUUCAUUUUUAAUCUUUUUAAUAAACCAAAUUGCAAGGAA